AUGUUCCAUAACAAAGAAAUCACAUCGCCUCUGCAAUUACAAAAUAAUUGGUUCAUAAAUCUCACUAACAUCAAUUUCCCGCCUAACAUACAAGGUUUGAUUCAACUCGGUAAUAACUUUUGCUUUCCGGUCACUAACUCAGAUAAACACAUAUAUUAUGAUUUUAUUAAAAGGAUUGAAUCAACUAUUUCCAAAUUAAACCAGAACACCAAAGCACAGAUCCGCAAUCACACCACAGCUAUCUUAACUAAUUGGCAUAACUCGUCUCAACCAUUAAACAACAUAGAUACACAACUUUUAACAACAUUAAUUGAAACUAAAUCCUUUUUAAAGAACAAGCCUGAGAUCAUUUUAACGAGAGCUGACAAAGGUAAUGUCACUGUAGCAAUAUAUCGUACAGACUACAACCAAAAAAUGCAGUCAUUAUUAGAGGAUACAAACACCUACACGACCGUAACUAAAAAUCCAAUAAAUAAAAUCAUCACGAAUUUGAAUCAACACUUAAACAAUUGGCUAAAAAGAGGUUACAUUACAAGACAACAAUACUUACAUAUGCACACCAAUGAUGGAAUAUUACCUAGAGCUUAUGGUUUGCCCAAGAUUCACAAACCAAAUGUUCCAUUAAGAAUUAUAGUAUCAUCUCUAGACACACCUCUAUACAAUAUUUCCUCCUUUUUACACAGCAUAUUACACCAUAGCUUACCAACGGGUGAAUACAGUAUAAAAGACAGUUUCUCAUUAGUUAACAAACUCCAAAACAAAUCAAUCCCCCCUGGCUUCUCCUUAAUUUCAUUAGAUGUGAUCUCGCUCUUCACAAACAUUCCCAUCGAUCUAGUGGUAUCAAGCAUAGAAUAUAGAUGGAAUCUCAUUGCUCUCAAAACUAAUAUACCACACAUGGAGUUCAUCAAAGUCUUGAAGUUUAUUUUAGAAUCAACGUAUUUUACUUUCGAUAACACAAUUUAUAGACAAACAUUUGGUUGCCCGAUGGGAUCUCCACUCUCACCCAUCAUAGCCGAGAUC